UUUUCGUAUAAGAAGCGCCUGGCCGAGUCGUGAUUUUACCAUUCCCUCUCAGUCCCUCGUAUCUCCCGGCUUAUUGACUAGGCCUCCAUCUAGAUCUCGUUCACUCAUUAAGUAUCAUUUCUCGCUGCCGCUCUUCAAACACAAUUAUCAACCCCAUCACAUAUACCUCAAUCCAUCUUAUACCCAACCAACAUGUCCUCAGUGACCCUCCGCAUUAUGUCCCUCUGGGUUAUCCUCUUUUCAAUAUCUGCAAUGGUUGCAGCAUCACCCGCACCAAUAGAUCCCGGGCUUGCAUCGGUCAUCACGAGCAAUAUGAAUCUGAAUUGUGGUGAGAGCUGUCAGACCGCUAAGGGCACCAAACAACUGAAUACGAAUUUUGCCUUGACGUCUGCAUCGAGCUCAAAUUCAUUCGUGCUUGGAGCUAUACUGCUAGCUUGUGGCGUUUUGGUAGGAUCAUGAGAGUAUAUCGUUACGAAGCACCUUCUAGGUCGGACCUUGACACUUUGUACUUACUAGAACAGUUGAUGUAGAAGUAAACAUCAGUGUUGUUUGUAAUGAUAGUGUGUAAUAGCACGGACAAGAGACAUUGAUGGGACUCCACUGAUGCUAUGUAUCAUGAUUGGCACGAGAAC